AUGGGUAAAUCCUUUCGCCAAGUAGUGAAAUGGAUAUUGCGGAACACCAUCGAAACCACGCACAGCCUUACACCCGAACUACGACUCUGCCUGAUCACAGAAAGUAGCCCUUUGUGGAAAGCUAAACCCGAAAUGUGCCCGUUUGUCGAUCCAUAUUGGGCAUUCUAUUGGCCAGGUGGGCAGGCAGUAACAAGGUACAUACUCGACAACGCUCUACUGUUUUCUGAUGCGAAUGUUUUGGAUUUUGGAUGUGGCUGUGGUUCUGCCAGUAUAGCAGCAUCCAAGGCAGGAGCUACAGUGAUAGCCAAUGAUAUAGAUCGAGAUGCUCUCGUCGCCACGUUGAUCAAUUAUCGUAAAAAUGAUGUAUCGACAAAGUGGACCCAAUUUUCUAGUGAAAAUCUACUUGAUUCAAAACAAAAUAUUCCGUUGCAGCAUUUUCUUCAGGCAAAUAAUUCCUUCAUUAUUUUGGGCGAUAUGUUUUAUGAUGUGGAAUUUGCAGAACAGCUAUUCAGUUGGUUGCGAAGAUUAAAGGCAACUACAGCGGUGCGAAUCCUGGCUGGUGAUCCCAAUCGGCAUCCACUAGCUAGAGACCAGCUAGACAGGUAUGCCAUAAAAGUCGAAAAACAGCUACUGGCCGAAUAUCAGUUGCCGGAAUGCGUGACAAGGGAACACUACGGGUUCAAUACGGGAAAUGUCUAUGAACUACAAAAAUUUAUUUCUACAUAA